AUGUCUACGGCCUACCGUGACCCCCAGGGCCUCCGUGGCCACUUCCUCUACCUAUGCCUAGGCUUACUUCUCCUUCUGCUUCCCGGACAAGCCUAUGAGAAACUUUCCGAUGACACAUUGAAAGCACUUUCACGCCCAAAUCAAGAUUUUGACAUUCACAGUGGUGCUCUGUUGUCGCCGAUUCUGCAACCUCGCGUCCCCGGCACCCCUGGUCACACAGCGGUCCUAGAACACUUCACAACCUUCUUCCGGACAACACUGCCGGAGUGGAAGAUAGAAUUCCAAAAUUCCACUUCGAAGACUCCAGUAUCUGGUGGAAAGGAUGUCCCAUUCAUCAAUCUUAUCGCGUACCGAGAUCCGCCAGGGGCCUCGAUGGGAGAUGUUGGCCGGUUGACAUUGGUUGCACAUUAUGACAGCAAGCUGGAGCCUGAGGGGUUCAUCGGAGCUAUCGACAGUGCCGCACCCUGUGCAAUGAUUAUGCAUGCUAUGCGCAUCGUUGACUCUGCUUUGGACAAGAAAUGGGCUUUGAUGAAGGAACAAGAAGUGGACUUUCUGGAGGAACAACAUGGAAUACAGGUCAUUUUCCUGGACGGCGAAGAAGCAUUCAAGGAGUGGACCGACACAGACUCGCUAUAUGGCGCUCGUUCCCUCGCUGAGCAUUGGGAGACUCAGAUGCACCCGGCUAUGUCGACGUUCAAGACCCCACUAUCAUCUAUAUCCCUCUUCGUGCUCCUGGACCUUCUUGGUGCCAGAAGCCCCAAUAUCCUGUCCUACUACCCGACUACGCACUGGGCCUAUCAAAGUCUAGGGUCCCUCGAACAGCGACUUCGUUCUCUUGGUCAAUUGAAGUCCUCGUCGACUGAGCCAUGGUUCGUUGAUACGUCCAAGGACUCACAUCAGGUAAUGACCUUUGGUGGAAUUUCGGAUGACCAUCUGCCUUUUCUCGCAAGAGGGGUAGAAAUCCUCCAUCUCAUCGACUUUGCACCGUUCAAGGGCUUCCCAUCGGUGUGGCAUACGCCCGACGACGAUGGCGAGCACCUGGAUAUGGAUACCGUGGAGGACUGGAGCGUUCUAAUGACAGCAUUUGCCGCUGAGUGGAUGGAGCUGGAAGGCUUUCUUGACCACAUGGGCAAUGUACGCCGGGAAGAGGAGCUCGAGUCGGAGGCUAUCCGACUGAACAAGAAGACUGAAUUGUAA